AUGAUCCUAUUCAACAUUCCACCCCCUCCGCCCCCUCCCGCUGCUUACCUCUGCAGCUCGUAUGUCGCCAGCAAACAACCCACUACAACACCCGAUAAGAGAUCAGUAUCUAGCAGUGGCACGGGCAAAGGCAAGGCAGCCGCUGCGGUGGACACACAAGAGUACGCGGUUCACUAUCAACGAGGUUUUAACCAGACGCUGGACGACGGCACUGUUGUGUACAAGGGGAAGAAAAAUAAGACCAGUGAUAUGACCUCAUACGCAAGGCCUGAUGCGAGUGUUACCGAGCUGACCAAACAGGCGGUGCAGGAUCAACACGAUAGAGCAGAGGAAGCUCGGCUUGCCAAGCACGAGGCGAAGGAGGCGGGUUUGGACACAGUAGAUAUGAGGGGUUAUAAGAACGCUAAGUUUAAAGCUUACGAUUUGUAUGACGACGAAUACGAUGACACGUUUGAUUCGUUGGCGGUGGGCGUAGCGGACGAUACAGCCGACGCGCAGGGUACACAAGACAACAAAAACAGUUUAAACCAAAGCAACAACAAUAGCAGUAAUGGAGGUAGUAAUAACGGCGACAUCCAAAGUGGACAUAACACCACACAAAGUGGUAAGAACAACCGACACGAUAACAAGAAAGCGGGUGGUAAAAGCGGUAAUAGUGGCGGUAGUGAUAGUUCAGGUAGAGGCAGGGGGAAACAGAAGGGGGGGGCUAAAGACACGAAUAAAGGGACUUCGGGCUCGCAAGCACCGAGUAGGGGGAGGGGAAGAGGCAGAGUAGGUACUACCGGCGACAGUAGUGACCAAUUAUCCAAUAAUAGUCAUAGCAAUACUAAAACGGAGUCGGGUACGUUUGGUGGCUCGUUUGCGAAUACUGGGGAGAGUGGGAAGGGUCGUGGCAGAGGAUGGGGAGGAUUAACAAAUGGGCCUAGCGGGGUGAAGAACGAUGAGCUGAGUGACCGAGACAAGGCGUAUAGGGAUAAGAACAAAAGCAGAUUCGGCAACCACAACCGGAAAGCUGGGGCGGACAGAAAGAUGCGAACGGCGAUGAAUUAAAAGAUCCGAUCGCUCGAUAGUGUCCCCUAUUGCGACGUUGACUAGCUUGAAAACAUAGUUGGUUACUACACAUGUCUGCUGUUGAGUGGCUACAGAUGUAUGUUUUAUGAGAUACGGAAGGCAUUUAUAUACUUCGAUUCAGAAGGACUGCUGGUGUUCGAGUUACGGAUAUGAAUCUCUCGGGCUGAAAGCACAACCUGCCAAUAUAGACGUAUCGAUUGCCGAACCUUUACCAUUGCCUGCGUCCAUUUUAUGGUUCUUCAGACGUUUGUUCGAUCCCCUUAUCUUUCCGUUCUAUUUCUAUUGUUCUCCUACAGGGCCAUGUCCACUUGCCACAUUAACCUGCCCAUGUAGACGUAUCGAUUGCC